AUGUCAUUUCACUCACUCGAUUCGGCUUUCGAUGCACUGUUGGGGCCAGAUGCGACCAUCGAAUGUCUGCUCACGGUUGAAGAGCCACUGUUUCACGAGGCUGCAGUCUUCGAUCCGGCAACGGACCAGCUAUUCGUGACAAGCAACAGACUAAUCGAUGGAAGCGGCAACCAGCGAGUCCAAAUAUCACGAGUGCAUCUGAAAAAUGAUGCAAGCCAGGUCUCCAUGGCAGCGCUUUCGUGCGCAAACAUUGCGAUGGGCAAUGGCGGCGUCAACUACAAGGACGGCAUGAUGAUUCUGUGCGAUCAAGGUGGCAGGUCUGCUCCAAGUGCGUUGUAUCUGGUGGACAUGGCAGCACCAGAGAAGACCCAGCUUCUCAUCUCCGGAUUCUUUAGUCGUGGCUUCAACUCGGUCAACGAUGUCGUUGUCCACAGCGACGGCAGCAUAUGGUUCACCGAUCCGACAUACGGCUUUGAACAGGGCUAUCGUCCUAAACCUCAACUUCCGCCUCAAGUCUAUCGAUAUGUGCCACCGAGGGAGGGCGUCGCAGGCAGUGGAAGUAUACGGGCAAUAGCAGAUGGCUUUGGUCAUCCCAAUGGCUUGUGUUUCUCGCCUGAUGAGCACAUACUAUACGUGACGGACACUGAUCGCGUUUGCGGAGAUGGCUCGAUUCGAGAUGAUCGAGCUUCGUCCAUCUAUGCAUUUGACAUCAUGGUGGUCAAGGGACAGCCAUUCCUCGCAAACAGAAGGUUGUAUGCCAUGGCGGAGAACGGCAUCCCGGACGGAAUCAAAUGUGACUUAGAGGGUAACGUCUACAGCGGAUGCGGUGACGGUGUCGAUGUGUGGAACGAAGGAGGAAAACUGAUCGGGAAGAUUCUCGUGGAGGGCGGAAUCGCGAAUUUCUGCUUCGGCAAAAACGGCGAGAUGUUCCUGCUGAACGAGACGCGACUUUGGCGAGCUCGUCUCAAGGGUGGCGUCAAGGGUGCUUUGCUGGGGUUGUAG